AUGUAUAGCUACUAUUUCGGUAUUUACGCGCAAACUCUUGGAAAACUCGCCUUCAUAGCGGGGAUUCCUCAGAUUUUUGCACAUUACACAGCUGUAGUUGAUGUUUGCCCAUUAAACCAAUGGAUACAACCGGAGAAUUCCCCGUCCAUGAUAAGCACAUUCGUUGCCGUGAAAAAACGCUACGACCACAGCACUUGCCCCGACGUUAUUUGUCAUACAGCUGACGUAUGCUGUGACGACAACCGUCGAAAGGUGUAG